AUGAAGAAUGAAGGCGUUUUGUUGAUUCUUUGUUCGUUCCAAUGCGUCGAAGGAUACUCAAUAAAACAAAAGGCACAACUCCACGCCAAUCUCUCCUCUGGGUACGACCGAAUGAUCAGACCCGGCCUUAAUCAGACGGUACCAACAAUAAUCAACAUCAAUUUUUACCUGACAAGUCUCGAGGAAUUCGCCAUGGAGAAAAGUAAGAUGACCGUAAUGGGGUCCUUUGGUCUGGAAUGGACAGAUUCCCGCCUAACCUGGAAUUCGACUAACUUUGAUGGCGACUUAAAUCAAACUUCACUUUUUGUUUCCAAUAUCUGGGCGCCGUAUUUUAUUCUAUUCAAUCCGCAUCAUGAACAAAUGCCAAUUCUCUCAGGUGAGCAAUCUUGCAAUGUGUAUGCGAAUGGAAAAAUAGUUUGUUUGCCUUCUGAUCGUUUUGUUGUAAUCUGCAGUAACUCUAUAGAUUUUUAUCCUUUUGAUACCCAGAACUGUACAUUGAGAUUUUAUGUUCCGGGAUAUCUAGCUUCAGACAUCGUAUUCCAAUCUCUAUCACCAACCAUUCAAAUGGAUUACUUUGAAGAGAAUGGACAGUGGUUUGUAAGAGACACUAAGAAUUAUAUCAACAGGAAUAUAUUUAAUGGGAUAAAAGUUGAGGUACUGCAGCUUGAAGUUAUAAUGCAACGACGAAGCAAAUAUUACGUCUUUAGCUUCUUGCUCCCAACCAUUUAUAUAAAUUUCCUUCAGAUAUUUGUUUUCAUUUUGCCCGCGGAUUCAAAUGAGAGAGUUGGAUUUUCUAUCGGAGUUCUCCUAUGCGUGGUUAUCUUUCUCACCAUAAUUCUAGACAAAUUGCCUGUGUCUCCGGAUGUUUCUAAAUUUAUGACUAAAUUGUUGUGGGAUAUGGUAUUUGGCAGUUUAAUUGUCCUGGCGGUAGUAUUGACGAGCAGGAUAUAUCACAAAGAAGAUGCGGUAAAGGUACCGAUGUUUAUGAAAAAGAUACUACGGAUUAAAGAAGAAAAUACCGCCGUCCAUCCAAAGAAAAUAACAAAAUCUUUGGACAAAAUAUUUUUGAUAGCAUUUACCACCGCUAUAGUUUUAAACAUAAGUUUAUACUUUAUAAGAUGUAAGCUUGCUGGGGCAAAUUUGAGUUACUUUUCUUAUUAGAACUGUUUUCGUAUAACACUGUAAAAGGGUACUUAUCAUUUCCUUUUAUCAAAAAUCCACAAUUUGGCUAUAUUUUACAGGGGAUUAAUGUUUAUUAAUUAAUGUAACUGUAUUACAUUUAAACAUUUAGAUUAUGAUAUCCUUUGUUUAAGUUUUCAUAAUAAUAUCAAUACUAAUUUAGAUAUAACGCAUAACCGGUUAUAAUAAAUGAAAAGAAUAGACCAAAGACUUAAAAAAUGAAUUUUAAAAAAUUUCUAUUGAUCGACGUAUUAAUGUAUAUAAACUGACCAGAAAACGUCAUCAAUACGUUGAAUUAAACCCGAGGAAAAAUACAUGCAAUGGCUUGUGAUAUUAUUCACUGUGUAGCAAGAAGUUGAUAUGCACUACUCACAGAUCUCUACGCUUUACGAUGCUUAUUCUGAUGACCGAUUUCGUACAUGUGUUAAUUUAAAACCCAUCGUUAGUAAAUUUGAACAGCAGUGAUUCCGUGAAAGUGUAAAGACAUUUAUGUUUAGUAUAAUUAUUCCUUGAAUUGGAACAGCCAGUCUCGCUGUAAUGGUUGAUUGUUGAUCUCAAACAGACGAAAUCGUAAGAAGACGCUGACUUAUCUAUUUUGUGAACUGAAUAAUGUGUAUUGUUUAAUUUUGAAGGUUAAACUUUUAUUUUUUAUUGCUUUUUGUAGAGUUGUAUUUUACUUGCUGACAAUUAAACAGACACAACUUUA